ACAGCCUGUGUGUUUGACUGUGUCAUUAAUAGAUCAGUAUGGAGCUCAGUCUACUUCCUCUAAUGCUCUUGCUGAUUUCAAACAUCCGCCCUGCACACACUCAAGGGCAAGAGGCUUCAGAGGAAUACAGCAAGGCACCUAAACCUCGUCUGACUGUUCAGCCUGAACCAUCACAGAUAUUCAGAGGAGAUACUGUCACUCUCACAUGUGACAUACAGGGGGAAGAUUGGACAUACACAUGGCAGUGUGGAGAUGAACAGCACAACUCUGAGGAGAAAGAGUUCAAGAUCACUGCACAGCUCAAACAGUCAUGCAAGUGUAAAGGCUGCAGAGAAUCAUUCUGCUCUGAAUGGAGUGAUGCUGUGACUCUGAGUGUUUCGGGCAAGCCCAAAUUAACUGUAAAGCCCCAGAGUUCAGUGUUCACUGGAGACACAGUUACUCUCAUCUGUGAUGAGGGACGAUCAACUGGACGGACAAUUUACUGGUUCAAAAACUUUCAGAGAAUAAAAGCUGGUUCUGAAACAGAAACACUGAGAAAAGUGAGAGUCUCUGAUGGAGGAAGAUAUGCGUGUACUGUAGAAAAAAAGACCACACAAAGCCAAGGAGUCGUGCUAACUGUAGGAGAGAGACCCAAGCCUGUAGUGCGUGUUAAGCCUGAUGGACGUCUGUUCAGAGGAGGACAGACGGUCACUCUCACAUGUGACAUACAGGAGACAGACGUCACCAGCUGGAGAUACAGCUGGAAUAAAGAUGAUUCAGUGAUUAAUGUCAGUCAAUCUCAGGAAUACCGGAUCAGUUCUGUUAGUGAAUCUCACACAGGUAAUUACAGCUGUACUGGAAGAGAAACAGGAGGAUCACGAUACUCACACACCAGUGAUAAAGUUACGCUGACCGUAUCAGGAUCUUCAGGACUAGAAUUUUCAGUAGCUCAUGCUCUGAUAAUUGGAGUGAUUGCAGGACUGAGUGUCACAUUUCUGCUCAUGUUCUUACUGGCCCGGCUGUGGUGCUGCAAACACAACAAAGGUGCAGGAUCUCCGUCUCCCUCUACUGAGCAUCAGCUGCAAAACAUCAGUCAGACGUCAGAACAGAAGAAGAGUGGACAAACACCACCGCGGUCCGAUAGGUUACAGUGA